GCCUCACUGUGGUGGUGAACGCAUUUGAUCCACUCGGGCUGCCGUAGAGACAGUUUGCCGUAACCUACCGAGGCUGUUCACGACUUCAGGAGACGCACCACAGCAGACAACCCCUCUCUCUGUCCCAGCUCCACCAUGGCCUCUGCCCUGAUCUCGGUCCCCACCACAGCCUCUCGCUUCGCCCUGCUGCAGGUCGACUCGGCUUCAGACUCCGACUCCGACACCGGGAAGUCCAAAUCGUCUCGAGAAACCGGGAAAUCCUCUCGACCAGGCAAAUCUGCCGGUGCCAAGGGCAAUCAAACCACUGACAAAAAGAAGGACAAGAAGAAACGGAAGAAGGAGCAGCAGCAAAGUGAAACCAAUGAGCUCAGAAACCUCGCCUUUAAGAAGCUGCCUCAAAAGUCUUCAGCAGCUCCGUCUGCCUUGACUCUGCAGGGUUUACCCAAUGACCUGCUUAAUUCCACUGACCGGACCUCUGCUCCCCAGGAAAAUUGGCAGGAGUGGAAACAAAGAGAUGAGCGGCUUACCAGCGAGUUGUACGAGGCGGACCUAGAAAAAGCAUUAAUGCUGAGCAAACUAGAAUUUGAACAACAAAAAAAGGAUACUGUGAGCACUGACACCGCAUCACCCAAAACUAAAGGAGGGGGAAAGAAAGACAAGAAGAAGAACCAGCAGGCGAAGGACAAACGCAUCACUGUGUCUCUAAAAGACUUUCAGCAGGAGGGAAACACUGGUGAAAAUGUGCAGAGUAAAAGGCCGGAGAGAGAGGAGCCAAAGCUUGCAAACACAGCGGCGCAUGAAAAGAAAUUUUUUAACCAGCUAGAGGACGACGUAAAUCGAAUCGUGCAGAGGGACAAGCGUCGAGAACAGUACAGCAGCAGCGCAGGUCAAGAGGUUAACACCUCCUCUGAACAAGAACAGGAUGUAAGAACUGAACAGUUAAAGUUUGAGCUGGAAAAGAAAGACCAGGAAAUAGAAAAACUGAAGAAGACCAUUUCUCAGUGGGAGGAGCGAUAUAAAGAAGUGAAGGCAAGAAAUGGCCAGUUACUCAAGAUGCUUCAACAAGGGGAGAUGAAAGACAAAGCAGAAAUCUUGCAGCAAGUAGAAGAACUUCUGAAUAUAAAAGAGGAGCUGACAAAACAGGUGACGGUAUUGCACGCGUCAUUAGAACAGGAGAGGUCAAAGGUGAAGGGGUUACAGUCAGAGCAACCAAAACAUCAAACCAACCGAAAGAGCAAGAAGGGACCAGAGGGAGAUUUAUGAAGAUCAGACAUGGGCGUGACUGAAUGGUUUUAUUCCUCCCACUUCUCCAGUACACCUCACUCGCUCUACUCGUCUCGUCUCGUCUCAUCCCAUAUCUCACACAUACAUACUUUUUUCUGUCCCUCAUGGCUGCAGUCUUAUUUGCUUUAUAUGGAUUAUUUGGGUAAAAGUUGCCUGUGUGUGCUGCUAGACUGAAAAAACAUAACAAUUAAAAUUCUUUUUUCGGAAAUAGGUUUCAGUAUUUCAAUAUGUGCUCUGCAUUUCUAUUGAUUGAUAUGCAGUGACUGGUGGAAAUGAUGUGAUUAACCAGGGUUGAGUUUCCCAGAAGCAUUACGAACUGCUGACAUUUACUUUGUACUAUUACGAAUGCUGUCACUGAGCAGGAUUUAUAGUGUUAUCACGAAAAACCUGGGACCUAAGUUCCAUCCUGAAUCACAAACAAGACUUAAAUCGGUAUAAAUGGGCAACUUCUACUAACACAGUUUCAAGUCUUGUCAUUUUGUUUGGAAUGGUCUGCCAGCUGCUGAUGAAAAACAUACCAGGGCAUUUCAUCCACAAAGCAAACCAUCUGCUUUACUCUGUACAUCACUAUGAGCAGAAGGGUGUACUUUUUGAAUUCUUUUUAAUAAAGACACCGAUCUACUUUUUCAAAGAAUAAUCAC